AUGGCUGGUGUGAUGAUGGCAUGGGGCAGUGUUGCGGAAAGAGGCGGCUGGAGGAAAGGUCCUUGGACUCCUGAAGAGGAUAAGCUGCUCAGUGAGCAUGUCAAUUUGUAUGGAGAAGGAAGAUGGAGUUCUGUUGCUAGGUGCACGGGGUUGAACAGAAGUGGGAAAAGUUGCAGACUUAGAUGGGUGAAUUAUCUUAGGCCUGGACUGAAGAGAGGUCAUUUAACACCUCUGGAGGAAGGCAUUAUUAUUGAAUUGCAUGCUUUGUGGGGUAACAAGUGGUCUACAAUUGCUAGAUACUUGCCUGGGAGAACAGAUAAUGAGAUCAAGAACUACUGGAGAACUCAUUUCAAAAAGAAAGACAAGUGCACCGAGAAGCAGCAAAAACGAAAAGCUCAUAUCCUCAAAGAGAAGCAGCAACAACUGGAACAUAUAGCGGAUGAUCAGGAAAACAAGAAAAUAAAAUCAGCCAGUAAUAAUACUGCUCCACAAAGACAUGGUGAAGCCUUGGCCUGGAGCAAUGCAUUACGAAAUGAUAAUUCCAUCACUGAUGAGCUGCAGCAGCUGGCACAGGCAACUCAAGAGAUGAAUGUGGUUUUCACAUGCCCGAAUAUAGACGAGGUUCAAAGCUUUCCUGCACUAGUGUCGAUGAACCAAUUAGAUGGUACUACUAGUGCUGUUGAAUCUGCAAUAUGGUCAUCAGAUAACACUGCCAUCAUCAACAUUGGAUCAGAAGAUGAUCAAGGGUUAUGGGGACAACUCUGGAAUCUAGAUGAUGAUCAUGGUCACGCUGUAGCUAACCGCAUGGAACAUCACACGAGCUAUAGCAAUAGUGAGUGCCGGAACAUAUUAGCCUUGCAGCAGAAUCAAGUAAUAACAGCAAAAUCUUCUGGAGCCGCAAUGCCCAUACGCAAUGGAGCUACAGCUACCAGGGCAAACAAUUUUUCUUGGGGAGAGAAUAUUCAUUCUGAUAAGUAUAUCUAUGGUUCAGGCUACAUAUUUUGA